UGUGUGAAGACGUUUCAGUCACAACAGAAAGAGGAUAAACUAUACUGAGCCCUCACACUCUCUUGCCCCAUUUUGUUGGCUAUGUUUAAUAUGCUAGCAUGUUAGGACCUGAGUAGGGAUAUAAGCACAGCAGUUGGUGGAGGAGCAGCACUAAUCAGGAUGCCCUGUUAACAGCAGCAUGUUCUAAGGCAUAUCACCCCAUUCAAAAUACAUGCCAGUAAUCUAGGUUUCAGCCAUCUAAGACACAUUAUGGGUUCUGCAGAAAGCAAAGAAAAGAUGUACUGCACUAGGUACAUGAACGGGGGUGGACCUCCGGCACUGUCUGAGCAAGUUGAAAAAAGCAUCAAUGGAACAAGCACUUUUAAACGAAGCUCUGAAGUAGUGGAGGGAAAUCAACCAGAUGGAGGCCAAAUGACAGUGAUUGUACAAAGGAGGAGUGUUGAAGGGUACCCCGACUGUGACACCUUACAGAUCAACUUUGUGUUUGAGGAUGGAAUACAGAUGGAAAAGCAUCCUAAGCCAGGACAUAAGUAUGAAGGGUUAAGCACAGCAGCCUUUCUGCCUAUGAACAAUGAGGGGACGAAGGUUUUCAAGCUGCUGGAAGCAGCUUUCCAACACAAGCUGCUGUUCACUGUGGCAACCACUAGCAGUGGAGAAGAAUGUAUCACCUAUACAGAUAUUCCCCUAAAAAUCAGGGAGCGCGGAGGACCUGAGAGCUGUGGUUAUCCAGACCCAAACUAUCUGAAAACUGUCUUGAAGAUCCUGAAAUCUAAAGGCAUCAAAUGAGAAGAGAAGCUUAGGGAUGGACUGACAUACUCUGGGAUACUGGGAUUUGGUCAUUUGAGAUUCAAGGAUGUCAAGUUUCACAGCAAGAAAUUACAUUUUUGUCUUUAUGAAUAAGCAUCAAACAUGCCCACAUACAGUAAGCAUUAAAAAGCACUAAGGCGUGUCUGUUGUUUUUGCUAUGGAGAGAUUACACAAUGCAUGAUGAGAAGAUCUCAUGUCUUUACUAGAUUGGACAGAGUGUUACUAUAUGUAUAUAUAUAUAUGUGUGUGUGUGUGUGUGUUUUACUUUUGUUUCUUGAAUCUAACUUCUGUCUCACUCUAAAAUGUUUCUUCUCAAAUAAUCAUUUAAAAUAUAUCUGUGGUUGCAUGACAAAGGAGUUCAUGCAUUAUGAA